AUGGCAACCCGCUCCCGGAGCGCCGCUCGUCCCCCGUCCCCUCUCAAUCAAGGAGAGUUGGGACCCGCUCUUCCGGCAACCGCCAAUGAGCCAAGAAGCCUCAAACCAGAGGUCUACGGGGAAAUCUCCCUCAGCCGGGCAAUCUCCCUCCUCCUGGGAUUGCAAAACCAAGUCAUCCGGCUUGAGCGGGAACUCAAGGAAAUCAAGGAAGUCAACAAGGAAGCCCAAGACUGGAUGGGAGCAGUCGACCAGACCCUCACUUGUAUCAAGGUUAGCGGGGGGCCCCAACCCCACACACCAGAAGACCGGAAACCCCCGGCAGUCAAGGCCACGCCCAGGCCCAUACCCAAAACCAACCCUCUUCCAGCGCCUAGUGCGCCCCUCAUCUCCUGGGCUAACCCCACCAAACCCCCCCUUACCUUUGCUCAACCAACCCCCGUCCAGGCUCCCCCAAGAGUCCAUACUCCCGCUCCGCCUACGCCUAUCAGGCUCCACUCCCCCAUUGUCCCUCAAUCAACGGCUCCAGUAGCUGCUUACCAAGCCCCCGUUAAAGUAGAUCACCCUGACGCUUAUACAGGGAAAAUUGGAAACGAGUCGCGUCAAUGGCUCACAAGGAUGAUGGCAUGGGUCUGCCUUAAUCAACAAAUGUUCCCUACUGAUCAAGAGGUACUCUCAUUCCUCUUGAUGAACAUGAAGGACGCAGCAGGAGCAUGGGCACACCCCCACCUCAAUCAACUUGGGUCCCACAGGGCCCUGAUUCAAACCGUUGACGAGUUUAAGACAGAGUUCCUGGCCGCAUUUGGUAACCCGGACGCCACACAAGCCGCCGAGCGGCAAAUUACAAACCUUACUCAGACAGGCACCUGUGCUGAGUACAUUACAAAGUUCAGGACCAUUGCCAUGGACCUGGACUGGAACAAUGCCGCCCUCCGUGGGCAAUUUGCACGUGGCCUCCAUUGGGAGGUCAGCCGUCUCAUUGCCACUCAAGAACGGCGCCCUACCACCCUCCUUGAGCUGCAGAAUGCGGCUCUGGUCAUUGACAACGCCCUCCGCAAAGAGCGCGCCAGCCACCCGCCUAAGGGUAAUAAGUCUGGUGCCUCCACUACCCCCAACAGGGGGGCAAGUACCGGCCAACAGGCCACAAGACCAGGGCGUCUAUCCAGCAAUCCCAACUUUGUCUCCGAGGAGGAGCGCAACCGCCGCAGGGCUGAAGGCCUUUGCAUCAAAUGCGGAAGGACAGGGCACAAAUUUGCGGAAUGCCGCACCGGCUGGAAAGCCACGCCUAAGGAGGAAGGCAUCAAGAAAGAAGCCGCCAAGAUUGGCAAAGAGUCUAGACCUGAAUCGGGAAAAGACUAA